UGCUUAGUUGAUCUCUAUUCUUUCCUUUUCCGUUUGUCGCUCGACCAAGACGGUUUGCGAGAUCUUUCUCCCGGAUUUGAAUCUUGUUCAAUCUGAGCUAGAACUUCGCCAUGGGUGCCCAAAAGAAGCAGAAGAAGACCGCCGAGUCUAUCAACUCUCGAUUGGCCUUGGUCAUGAAGUCCGGCAAAUACGUGUUGGGCUACAAGCAGACCUUGAAGAGUCUUCGUCAAGGCAAGGCCAAGUUGGUCAUCAUCGCCAACAACACGCCCCCUUUGAGGAAAUCCGAGAUCGAGUACUAUGCCAUGUUGGCCAAGACCGGUGUCCACCAUUACACGGGCAACAACACCGAAUUGGGAACCGGAUGCGGUAAAUACUUCAGUGUGUGCACCCUCUCCAUUACUGAUCCUGGAGAUUCGGAUAUUAUCCGAAACAUGGCGGAGGGAGAAUAAAUGAACAUGUGGGUUUGUUACAACACGCGUGAAUAAAUCCUGUUCUCACCUUCAUAAAA